AUGCAGCAGCUCUUCAGCCAGGUGCUGGGCCAGAGGGAUCUGUCCAGAGCAGGAGAUCUAUUCUCUCUACAUGACACAGAAAUCGAAGACUGUCUGUCUCAAGCUCUGGACCAGAUCAAGACAAUCUCCUGCUCACCGGACUACUUGACCAAUGAUAACGACCAGGCGGUGGUGGAGAUCUGCAUAACACGCAUCACCACAGCGAUCAGAGAGACCGGCUCCAUCGAGCGACACAGCACAGCACUGGUGGGACUGUGGGAGUCGUGUCUGGAACAUAACCUCACUCCUCAAGGAGAAAACACAGAAGACACUCCACAUGCUAAAAUAGCCUCUGACAUCACCAGCUGCAUAUUGCAGAACUACAGCUGCCCCUCAGUCAUGGUCCUGGCUGUCCCAGUGGCGGUGCGUUUCCUGCAGAGGGGGAACAAGGAGCUAAGCAGGAACAUGUCCAGCUACCUCUCCCUGGCUGCUAUUGCUAAAGCUGACCUGCUGGCCGAGCACACAGAGGCCAUAACAGUCAGUGUGCUGGGAGCUCGAGUGCUCCGGUCAAACUGGAUAGAGCUGACUCUGACUUGA